AUGUCACACCUUGGGGAUGCGAAACACGAUCUGGAUGACCAUCUGGAUGACCUCGAUGAGUUCCACGGCCUUGUCCUGGCCGAUGUUACACCCGAACUCGAGAAAUGGUGGUUUCAGUAUCCCAACCUACUCAAACUGAAUCUCUUGCUGCUCUGCGCUUUCUUGGCUCAAUUUACCUGCGGUUUUGACGGUAGCAUGUUGAACGGCAUGCAGUCCUUGCCUCCGUGGCAAGCUUCUUUUGGUCACCCAAAAGGCUCCAAUCUGGGCACUCUGGUCAACGCUAUCAACAUCGGUGUACUCGUUUCCGCGCUUUUCUCCUCCCAAAUGUGUGAGAUCCUCGGACGCAAGAAACCAAUCACGAUCGGUACCGCUUUGAUCACUCUUGGCUCCGCUCUUCAAGGCGGUGCUCAGAACUUGGCCAUGUUCGUUGCUGGUCGCAUCAUCAUUGGCCUGGGUACCGGUAUCGUUGCCGUUGCAGCCCCCCAGCUGAUGACGGAGGUCGCGUACCCAACUCAACGUGGAAAGAUGGUUUCCCUGUAUAUGACGCAGUGGGUCGUGGGCUAUUUGGUAGCAGCCUGGACGACAUACGGUACAUUCAAGAUGGCCUCCUCCUGGAGCUGGAGGAUCCCUAGUCUCUUGCAGGGGGUCCCGUCAAUCCUUCAGCUUGUACUCAGCAUCUUUGUCCCAGAAUCUCCUCGUUGGCUUGUUUUCAAGGACCGGCAUGAGGACGCUCUGAAGGUGCUCGCCAAGUAUCACGCCAACGGUAAUCAAGAUUCUCGACUCGUCCGCUUUGAGAUGCUCGAAAUCCAGGCCACAUUGGAAGAAGAAAAAAAGCAAAAGGCCAUCCAGUGGAGUGAGUUUGUUCGCACCAAAGGAAACCGAAAGCGUCUCACCAUCUUACUGUUCAUUGGCUACGCCGCCCAAUUGUCUGGCCUUGGGUUGACUGGCUACUACCUGGCCAAGAUCCUCAACAGCAUUGGAAUUACAGAUUCCAAGACCCAGCUGCUUAUCAACGCUAUUGCGGCCAUCUGGCAGCUAUGUUGCUCUGUCUUUUUCGCCUUGUUGAUCGAUCGUGUCGGCAGACGAGGCUUGAUCACCUUCGGCAUGACUGUCAUGCUUGUUGUGUUUAUCAUUUGGACCGUCUGUUCGGCCAUCAACGAGGAGAGGCACUUCGGCGAUCAACCUCUUGCGAUAGCCGUUGUGGCCAUGAUUUUCCUAUUCCAGGUCGGCUACCAGCCUUUCGCCAUUGCCACAGUGCCCUAUGUUGUCGAAUGUUCUCUCUUUUCCCUUCGAUCUAAAACAGCCAUGAUCUUCCAGUUUUGUGGUUACACGGCUAGCUUCUUUACCGGUUAUGUGAACCCCAUCGCGAUGGACAGCAUCGGCUGGCGCUACUAUAUCGUUGCCGUUGCCGUUCUGGCCGUCGAAUGCGCAUUUGCGUGGUGGUAUUUGCCCGAGACUAAAGGCAAGGGGCUUGAGGAAAUUGGCGAAAUCUUCGAUGGCGACGAUUUUUUGACGGGUGUUCAGGCAAUGUCCAAACAUCGCGAGGAGCAGCGCGAGAACCAGAUUCUUCGCGAGAGGAAACUCAAUUGGUCGGAUCAUGUCGAAGUCAAAUCGAGCGAGGCGUGA